CCAACUGAAAGUGGAGUAGAUUUUAUUUCACUCCAAUAAUCUGCGUGACAGGCACAUUAUAUCCUACCCCCUCUUGCGCAUUCAACCGCGUGAUCUUCCACUAUAAAUUCUCCAUACGCAAUUAGCUAGCAAACUAAAAAAUCAAUCUGCAACAACAUGGCUAAGGUUACAGCGAAGAUGAAGGAAGUGGAGAAAGCAUUCAGAAAAUUCGACACCAACGGUGACGGAAAAAUCUCUCUAUCAGAACUCAACGCAGUUCUGAAUGCUCUCGGCACCAAAACAACUCUGGAUGAGGCGAAGAGAAUGAUGUUAGAGGUUGACAUCGACGGUGAUGGUUUCAUUGACUUGCAAGAGUUUGCUGCAUUUCACUGUCCUAUUGAAGGCCCUAAUGUUAAUAAGGAUCUACGUGACGCCUUUGAUUUGUAUGAUAAGGAUAAGAACGGGAAGAUUUCAGCUGCGGAGUUGCACACUGUUAUGAAGGGCAUUGGAGAGAAGUGUUCGCUUAAGGAUUGUCGACGUAUGAUUAGUUCUGUUGAUGUUGAUGGUGAUGGAAGUGUUAAUUUUGAGGAGUUUAAGAAGAUGAUGACUAGGGCUUAAGUAAUUGAUAGGCGUUUAAUUGAACUACUGAUCAUCGUACGUAGAUUAGUAGAUAAAUUAUCCGUCUCGUAUUUUACUGAUUUAUAUAAGUGUCAUAAUUGGGUGAAAUUGUUAAUAGGAAUUCGAUUGACUAUAAGUUGAACAUUCGAAUAUCAUCCUUCCUUGGUUUGAAGACGCCAAA